AUGAGCAACCAACCAUGGCUAGACAGCCUGUCAGACGACUGGCCAUCGGUGCCUGCCACUCCUACCACUCCCGCUCCAUCGAAACCAUCACAGAACCUAUUAUCCUCGCAGCGCAAUAGUGUGCAGAAUUCCCCAAGUCGCAUUCCGGUACCUGCCCGCCGAUCUGUGGAACAAUCCCCUGCCGACGACAAGAAAAAGGUUACCCGACCAUGUCAUUUCCAUAGGAAAGAACCUCCCACACCGAAGACCCCGCGAACACCCAAAACACCUACAAAAUUGCGAUCGCCCAUUCCCCCCAAGACUAGAACAAGGACGCCCAGGAGCCCCAAAGUCACUCCAAAGUCUACGUCCAAGGCCCGCGCGAAGCCAACCCCGGGUGCGGCUGGCAAGCAAGCGCCAACCAUGGAUACGCGCUCCCCGCUACGGUCGGUAUCCAACGUCUCCAAACAGUCCGACUACGAGGCUGCCGACACGGUCCAGAUCAAACCCAAGAAGGGCGAGGAGGGGGAGCUACACCCGAAUGGCGAAAACGACUGGUACGUGGGGAGAUCCCGGUGGGAGAUCAACGCGACCUGUUUGCGCCGAUUGGCCUCGAGACCCCCGACGCCAGGAUCUGGAGCUGGUCAUCCAGAUCCCAUCCCGUUUACCCGACAGGACGACCAGCUGUGGGACUUCACCGACAAUACGUCCCACCGAGAAAGCUCUUCGAGACAGGCACAGGGGGAGGUGGAUUAUACAGAACGCGUCGGUGAAGAUGACUACUCGGGUACUGGCAUAGAAUCACCAUUUGGGACGGUGAACCAUCGGGCACAUUGGGCCGACGAGCGACCAGGGAGCAAUUAUGCAGAUCAGUCAGGCCUGUCACAUGGAUACACUGAAACUCGGACUGCUAGUGGACUAGAGGACCUUCGUAAUGAGGGUAUCACUCCGAUCACAUUCACGCGAAACAAUACACUAGAAGGCGCUGCCACAACAGAGGUGAUUAAAUCGGCACUGAAACAAGUCACUAGCAAGCUUGAGAGCUUGUCUAUUGACAAUAGUCGCCCGGAUUCACCAGCUAGUGACAGUUUCCUAUUUUAUAACCAUAGUGAACCACGACCGGAGGGUUCGCCGAACGAGGACAGUUUAUUGGAUGUAACCAGUCACUCCUUGCCUCAGGACUUGUCAAUGGGAACCUUGGACUUCAGUCGCCGCAAAGUUCACCGUCCUUUCCACCAAAUCUCUCCCUCGCCCUUUCCCUCCCAUCACUUGUCUCCCGCGACUCUCGCCAAUGCCAAAACUCGCAGUUCUCCCCUCUUCAAUCGCUCUUCAAACGGUUCACCUACAUUACCUCGCCCCUCCUCCUCUCAUGUCCGACCGUCAACAUCGGAUGAUAACACUUCAAAACAAGAAACAAUGCCUUCGUCAGGAAGCCCGCUGAAGCUGUUUGGCGAGCAUGAUACUUUCACAAAUAACAGACUUCUUCGGCGGAUGAGUCAAUUCGAGGAAACGUUCGGGGAUGGUUCGGGGUCCGAGGGAGACGAGCCGCCAUCACCAUCAGAAGAGGCACGAAGAAAGGGAGAAAACCGAAGCUUACUCAAUGUUCGACAUGAGCCAUUGAGUGAGAUCUCUCCACGACGGAAUGAGCGAGGUUCAUCUAGAAACAUUAUCAACCCUCGUCUGUCUCGAUUCGGGGACGGCGAACUAGAUAAAUUUGAUUUCUCAGACACUAGCCCGUACGAGCCAAAUUUCACUUAUGGUGAUGUACCAGGGUUUGAUUCCCGCCCCUCCUCACGCCCUUCUUCCCGGAGGAUAUCGUCAAAUCGUCAGCCAUACCUUCAACGAGGCUCGCAAAUCGGUUCUUUGCAAUAUGCCAGAUCGGCAAGCUCCAGCUUUACGCGGAAACCAUCCGCCUGGACUCGCCAAAGCUACUUUGACCAUUUACGUGAUGCAACUUCUUCACGUGCUAAUAAGGAAAAUGUUGCACCAUCUGAAACCAAGAGGGUUCCCAAAGCAGCGGCCAUGGAUCCAAUUCCAAAGCGCCGACGAACCAUUUUACGCGAUGACAGCGCCGAACCGGACCGUGUCCAUUCCAAUGGUGACCCAGCAAAAUUUGGCGAGAGCAUGUCCUUGCUGCAAAGGAGCUUGAUGCAACAUGGCGUGCAGCUCGAAAAUGGGGAUUACCUGGCGCCCCCUGGCCUCUCCCAGUCCAUGCAACGGCCCAGGACACCGACUCCUAGUCAGAUUCGGUCUAUGCAUGAAUCGAAGGUGUUACCGAGCAGGGAAUACUCAGAAUCUUUUGAUAAUCUUGAUUACUCAGAUUCCUUCUCCAUCGAAGGUGACAUCCCGCUAGUCAAGAUUACCGGGGCAAGUGAUACAUCGCGCAAGGGGUCUAUCACGACCCAGGACUACUUGAACGAGGCGACGAAGAUCAUGGAUCUGAUCCGAGCUAAGGGUCGCCCAGUACCGGGAUUGACGAGUGUCCAGGAAUCCGAUGGGGAUAGUGAAGACGAGGAUGCCAGCUACGAUGAUGAGUCUACCCGAGAAGCAUUUUCUCGUCCCCCAAGCCGUGAUGGUACGAACACGGAUUUCCGCAAAAUCCGAGAGCCAAAGGAGUUGAAUGCUCAAGUCCUCAACUACCUGAAACAAUAUCAAGAAAAAGAUGAUGGUGAUUUCGGGACCACUGGAUCAGUCAUGUCAUUCAACGGAGAGCUCAGGCCCGAUGGCUCACGAAGAGUGGUUUCCGGUGCAAGGAAACGCAAAACAAGCAGCAAUUAUGAUGAUGUAGCGGACACCAUCGCCCAAGACCUGAUGACAAUCAACACACAGAUGUCUGGCUUCAGUGUCCGUUCUGUACACACAGGCUCCUCACAAAAUUCCCAAGCCAAAGGCGUGUUAUCAUCCGACUUGGUCGCCCAUCUCAUCCCAGAACAAGUCAACGGUUUUACCUACGACAAGUCCAAAAAUCUAUGGAUCAAGAAUGCUGCAGAAAAGCCAGCUCGCCAAGUGUCUCACGAUGAUGAUAACGAGAAUAACGAUCCUUUCCAGGAUAUUCCUGACUUGAGCGUGGAUGAAUUGCAAGAAAUGAUGCGAAUUCAUGGCCUUGAUUCUCCGUCCAAGCGUUUAUCAGCGAACCAAACUGAUCAGGACUCCCGUUCUCGUGCUGGAGGUGCCUCACCAAAGAAGGGCGAUAUUAGACCACACACAAGAGACGGUGACCCGUCAGUGAACGCAAGCUCUGAUCAAUCUAGAGUUACCCGCUUUACAUCAAGUGUCCCAAAUUCUGGGACGCGAGCCACGUCAUGGGGUACAGAUGAAAUCGAGGCGAGACAUGGCUCUGGUGACAACAAUCUCCAUAAGCCUGACGACAUGAAUCCCCAGGCGCCAAAUAAGCAGACUCGGGUGCCAACAAUUUCUUUUUCAUCGCCUGUCGUUUCUCAUGUCGCAUACACGGACAAUGAUGAGGCUUCCAAUCUGGAUGCUGCAUCACGACAGUCGGCAUACGUUGACGAAGGGGAACAGAAUGAGAACCAGCGCUCUGCUCUUCCGCCUCCACGUCGCGAAACUUCUUUGGCAGGCCAGCCUUUCAUUCGGCGUCCUGUCUCGAGGAUUGAGGAACGAAAUGAAGAAGGAGCGGAAGAUCUCAGCCUUGUUCAUAGGAAUAAUACACUGGAUGUUCAACAGACACCGGGUGGUGAUGCUAUUGGAAACUCCCUGGUUCCAAUUCACUCAGGUGACCAUGAGACAAGUUACAGCUUCCACAUGAGUCCGCUGGCUGAAUUCUCUGUCAAUCAACCGGAUCACCCCAUGAACCUGGAAAUGAGUUACGUGGCAAACCGUACUCACCCGACAUCGCUGAGACAAGUCCAUGGCACAUUUGCCCUUGCCACAGAGCAGUUGAUUAAACAUAUCACCGAUGUUGAGCCAUAUGAGCCAUACUGGGAAGAUGUACGUCGUUUGGUACUGCGUCAAAAGGGGCUGAUUACCUUGCACAAGCUGAGCGAUUUCUGCCCUCGCCUUGAGGACCUCGAUGUCUCCGACAACGAUAUUGGGCAGUUGAGUGGUGUUCCAACAAGCCUGCGAACUCUCAAAAUUCCCCGAAACUCGCUCUCUGAUCUCACACCAUGGGGCCAUCUGACUAAUCUGCAAUACCUGGACAUUUCUGGAAACGACAUUGAGACCCUGGCUGGUUUCUCCGGUCUGAUACACCUUCGAGAAUUGAAAGCGAACGACAACCAGAUUCGGAACAUUGACGGCAUUCUUGACUUGAAUGGCCUGCUAAGCCUGAAACUGAGCAAUAAUUCGUUGACGACCGUGGACUUCGAAGGCACAGAACUGACUCGACUUCGCGAUCUUGAUUUGAGUCAUAAUUGCUUGACGUCUGUCCGCAACACCGAGUGGCUCCCAUCACUGGCCACCCUUGAUCUUAGCACCAAUCAAAUUACCCAGUUUGAAGCGUCAACAUCUUUGAUCAGCCUGCGAGCGCUGAAACUGUCAGGCAAUCGUCUGAGUGCCUUGGAUCUGAAGAACUUCUCUUCUUUGAGCCUCUUGUAUGCUGAUCAUAAUGGCUUGUCGACCGUUACUGGGCUGGACCACUGCCAUAACCUGGAAGUUCUCUCUAUCCGUGAACAGACCCAAAUGGGAGAUGGUGGGAGUCGUAUUACUUUGGACCUCGACCUGGGAUCCGCAAAGGACAUCCGUAAAGUGUUUUUGUCAUCAAAUAAGCUUGCCUCUCGAUGCCUCUCCCCUUCAUCUCCUCUACUUCGACUGCAACUACUCGACAUCGCUGCGUGCACCUUGCCUGCUCUCCCCAGCGCAUUUGCUUCCAGCUUCCCGAACCUCAAAGUACUGAAUAUGAACUUCAACUCAUUGACCGAAGUGGAGCCCUUGGUGGGUAUGCACUGCCUUGCGAGGUUGACCAUGGUUGGGAACCGCCUUUCGAGAAUGCGGCGCAUCUGUCAGAUUCUCAGCCGGCUGGGAAGAACAGGACGGGGCAAUCUCUGCUCCCUUCGAAAGCUUGAUAUUCGUGGCAAUCCUCUGACAGUCGGAUUUUACCCUCCAGCUGUGACUGGCAAUGGAACCAAUUCCGAGCGCAAGAAAGUGAAGGAUCAAGAAAAGGCAGUCGCGCCUCUGCAAGAAAACCGACAAGAUCUUGCUGAUGCUUUGGCUGAUGUUGAUCCCAACGACCAAGUCACCCAGCCUGUCACCUGGGACGACAGCGCCAAGUCUGAUCGCGAGAGCGAGAUCAACGAUCCUCUGACCCUUCCCCCGGCGGAUCCCCAAGCAGAUGAAAAAUACCUCCAUCAUCUAGACCGUGCAACUCGAUUGCGCCGGCGCGUUCUGGAACUUCUACUUUAUGCCGGGACCAGCGGCUCCCUUCAAACAUUGGACGGGCUGGACCUCCGUCCAGUACUUGGUGACGACUCAUCGGAUAUGGGUCAAGCGUGGAAUAGGCUCGAGGAACUAGGCGUUCUUCGAAGAAAGGCGAUUACUGACAAGGCGUGA